CUUUUUUUCUUUUCUCAAUUAUCUCUCAAACAACAAAACCGGAAAAAAAUGAGCCUCACCACGGCCGCCGCCGCCGUGACGCUAAAUCCGUUAACCCCGUCUGCAUCUCGCGCCAAAUACAAACUUCCGUCCAAAUUCACCGUCAAGAAACCGUCAUCGGCCGCUGUAAUUCGCUGCUCACAGGACACCAAUCCCCAACAACAGCUCAACCUCUCAGUUCUUCGAUUCACCCUAGGGAUACCUGGGUUGGACGAAUCUUACCUACCCAGAUACAUCGGGUAUGGAUUCGGGGCGCUUUUAGUGCUGAAUCAUUUCGUGGGUUCGGAUUCUUCAUCCAUAAAUCCGCCCCAGCUUAGAACAGAGGCAUUAGGGCUUUCUUUGGCUGCAUUUUCUGCAAUUGUUCCCUAUCUUGGGAAAUUUCUCAAGGGUGCACCUCCGACCGAUCGGAAAAGUAUUCCGAAAGGUUCCGAGCAAAUCUUUGCCAUGUCACAGGAUAUUGCCACUGAUGCAAAGGAAGAUUUGGCUUGGGGAACUUAUGUUCUGUUGCGAAAUACGAACUCGAUAUCAGUGCUUGUUUCAGUUGGAGAUGUGAUAUGCGUGCGUGGCUAUUGGAAUACACCCAAAGCCUUAUCGAAAGAAGAUAUUCCCGAUUGGUUCACAAAGCAGAGUCAAAUGGUAGGGUUCUCCAACUUGACGGAUACAAUGUAUUUGCAACAGGCUGCUGCAGGCUCUGAACUGAAGGAGAUGUUACCGAAGGGGACCAAGUCUCUCCUUGUCCAACCUAUUCCGAGAGAUCCGAAGGUAAGCACAAGUCCAAUAGAUGAAAAAAACGAGGGUUUUGUCCUGUUGGCUUCGAGCAUUGAUUAUGCGUAUACUGAUAAAGACAAAGCAUGGAUAGCUGCCAUUGCAAACAAAUUUCGAGGUAGAAACGAGCCCUGAUAUUUAUCGUAUCCACAUGAUUUUUGAUGCCAUUGUUUAUGAUAUUAUGGACCCUUCUUUUAUAUGAUAUCAUCAAAUAGCUUCGGUGACAAAUAUGUUUGCCCGACUAUGUAUAAAUAACCGUUUUUUAUUUUCCUUA